CUGGCCACCAUCAACAACCAGUCUCAGCGCGACUAUACCAUAGGUCUGCGGGUGUAUGACGCAUGCGGUGACGAGGAUGCGGCGCUGCGGCAGACCGUACGGCUUUUGCAGGACACUCAGCCUCCGAAUCCCCCUCUCCUAGGUGUGGUUGCUUUGGGCAGCUCGAGAGUAGCCUCAGGCACGGCGGCGCCCUUGCACGCCUUCACCACGCCCAUCCUGGUGACUGACGCCCGCGCCGCCCACACUAUCACACCCGCUGAUAACGUCUUCACCACAGCGCCCCACCUCACGGACCAGCUGCAGGCGGUGUUGGCCACGGCCGUGCGUCUCGGGGGCGCAGGAGUAGGCGUCAGUGUCGUAUCCAGCUGCGACCACGCCACCCGCGUCCUGCAGGAGAGGGCGGCGCGGGCGGGCAUCAAGAUCCUUCACACGCUGCAGGCGGAGGACGCCACGAGCCUCGGGCGGGACGUGACGCGCUUCGUCACUGGGCAGGUGGGCUACGGCGGCGUGAUGGUGGUGCUUCUCAGUGCUGCAGAGAUCAAUCUGCUGACUGCCGAGUUGGAGGUGCGUCUGCUGAGGAAGCUGAGGCUCCGCUGGGUGCUGACGCCACUGGACGGCGAACCUUCGCUCGGGGGACUUCACGAGGAACAGCUACGGAAGAAACUGCCGGGUUCGCUGCUGGUGGAGGCGCACUCGCCCGUCAUCCCGGGGUUCACGCAGUACUUCGCCUCGGCCGUGGCCGACAACACGUCCGUCGUGGCGCCGCUCGCACGCCGCUCGCUGCGCGCCUCCUCGCACUGCGACCCUGAGAUCUCCGGUUCCCCAUGUUCAGUGUUAAAUGCUGACGACGUCGGGCGCCUGGUAAGCGGCGCACCUACCACAGCCACUGUCAAAGCCGUGUCCUCCCUCGCUGCUGCCUUCAGACUUGUUCAGAUUGAACGCUGUUCCAAGGGUGUCCACUGCCUGCAGGCGCUUCGUCAGGACCUGCACGAAGACGUCCUGAAGGCUCUGCUUAAACUAUCGUUCACUGUGGGCGGCGGCGCAGACCGUAUCCGCUACACUGCUGACGGCCGUCUGGUCAACACCUUUACCAUAAAGCGGGUUUCGUCCGAGGGUCUCCGUCAGGUCGGCGUCUAUCGUGAAGACACGGGUGUUGUGUGGUCGCCGGGCGAGGUUUGGGGAGCUGAUUCUGGUGUCCAUGGGCGCGAGGGACGAACUUUAGAAUUGGUGGCGCCUGAAGAUGGAGAAAACACUAGUGGUGUCCAGGCUGUCCUGCUUACUCAUGAGGACUAUGUUGGCCGAACGUGGGCAUUCUCUGUGUUAGUACUAGCAUGUGUGGGUGUAAUGGCGGCUUUGUAUGUGGCCGUGUAUGUCGCCUUGAGGGUGUGUGAUGGAACACUUACUGGACCUCAGGUUCUGGGUGCUGUUCUGCUAAUUGGAGUUAUGGGUACAUAUGCAUCUUGUGUAGUCUAUGUUCUGCCCCCAAUGCCCAUCACCUGUGCUGUGCGAGAAUGGGCACCACCCAUGUGUCUGGCACUGUGUUAUGGCAUUCUUCUGGUGAAAUCUAUGCAUCUUCGGGCUCUUGUGUCUGUUGGCCUAGGAGGAGAGGUCUCUCAAGUGAAUCUGCAUGUGUCCCUGCUGUUCAUCAUGGGUGUACAAGGAUCACUGUGUGUGCUGGGUCAUGCUGGUGGACAAGGAACAGGAGAGGAACCUCUAGUUAAGAUAGGACUAGAUGGUGAGCGUCACUGUGGAGAGAACCGCGUGGCCACACUUUCAACUCGAAUUUAUUUGAUUGUUCUGCUCUUAAUCACUCUUGUUCUUGGGACCCUGAACCGCAAAAUCCAUAGAAACCACAAUGAGGGCCGAUGGUUAUUGUUAACAUCAUGUGUAUCAGCUCCUGUUGUUGGUGUGUGGACUGUGAUGAGCUACAUGGCUCCAGCCCCAAUGGAAGCACCCACCACCAGUGUGGCUCUCCUAGCUCUUGCCUCAAUUAUCUUAGGCCUUGUGUUCAUACCUAAGAUGAGGAUCAUUGCUCAUCAGGCUAAGGAAUUCAGACACAAACAGUUAGCUGCUGCCAACUCUGUAUCAACAAUUUUUACCCAAAUGGAUGGUGGUCCAUUGGGUGGAAUUCCUCCUCUACAAGAUGGGUUGAAACCUCCAAAGGGAGACAGUCCUAGAUUACACCAAAAGGAUACUGUAGGAUCCACAAGGUCAUCUUUGGCAUCACAGCAGAGCUACAGGGCUGCUUUCAAUGCUGCUUAUGGAAUUCCACAAGAGUCACCCCUCAGCACUCCUCGUCAUGUCAUGAGAAACCCCAUUUAUGAUGCAUCUCAUGGUGCUUACCCGUGAAUGCCAGGGGGGAGAAUUACAAAAUCUUUACUCAUAAUGUUGAAGUAUACAGGUCGGCUCUUUAUUGAAGCAUUCUUGAUGUAUUGUAAGAGAAAAAGUGCCUAGGGAACUGCUUAGUACAAACAAUUGCCAGUAUUGGAACUUAACAGUGGCAAAAUUUUUGAAAUAAGGGAAAGGUGUUGGAAACUUCAAGUGUUUUCUCAGUUCAAUUUGUGAUUGAGCACAGGUG